AUGGGAGUGAAUGGGAGCAUUAUUGUGUACCUAAUAACAAGUCUUCUACUACUGUCUACCACAGUUUCAGAAUUCCAAGAACCUCCUAAAGAUGCAAAACUCUACAGUGACAGUCCCUCAACUGCACCUUCUUCGUCAUCUUCUGUAGUGCCGGCGUUGUUCGUCAUCGGAGACUCCUCCGUGGAUUCUGGAACCAACAAUUACCUCGGCACCUUCGCACGUGCCGACCACCUUCCUUACGGAAGAGACUUCGACACCCACCAACCCACCGGAAGGUUCUCCAACGGAAGAAUCCCCGUCGAUUAUCUUGCUCUGCGUCUUGGGCUUCCUUUUGUGCCAAGUUAUCUUGGGCAGAAAGGGGCUGUGGAGGAUAUGAUGCAUGGGGUUAAUUACGCUUCUGCUGGCGCUGGCAUUAUUCUCUCCAGUGGCUCUGAAUUGGGUCAGCAUAUCUCUUUCACUCAGCAAAUUCAGCAAUUUACUGACACCCUUCAGCAGAUUAUAUUGAGUGUUGGAGAGGAUGUUGCCACCACUCUCGUUUCUAAUUCUGUCUUUUAUGUUUCUAUUGGAAUCAACGACUACAUUCAUUACUAUUUGCUCAAUGUUUCCAACGUCGAUAAUUUGUACCCACCUUGGCGCUUCAACCAAUUUUUAGCAUCUUCUCUUAGGCAAGAGAUCAAGGUCAAAAUACCACAAUUACAUUUCUCAUUCGAUUUUCUACGGUCAAAGUUACGUGCAUUUAGAUUUACGAUAUCUUCGUUGCAAUUUGUCAAUAUUUCUACGUUGGUAAUAUGA